CACCCCCGAGGUGCUUCAAAAGGUCUCUGCCCAGAAAACCCCAAAGGAGGGAAAGAAGAGUUACCAAAGCGAGAACAGGGAGCCUGGAGUGCCCGGGAUGGCCCUGCAGAUGGACAGACUCCCAGCCCAGUUGAGGAAACUGAGGCAAACAGAGGUUAAGUGACUUUUCAGAGUCAUGUAGCAUAGUCCAAAGACUGUCCUCGCAGAAGACCUGCUGAAUAGCUACAUAGAAUCACCGUGGGAUUUCCCUAUUAGAUAUGACUUCUUUCAUUUUCACUCUUGUACCAGAAUUUGUACAAAAUGUACUUGCCUGUGACUUUCUAAAUGUCCUCUUAUGUCCCUGUGCUACUAUUGUUAUCAUGUGCUUUUACAUGAUGAUCAAGUCUUUGGCAGUCGUGUUUAAACAUUUAAAAGCAAGCAUCAAGCAAGAUACUGCAAAGAGUGAUCUAAUGUUAAAAGUGAAGUAUCUAGAGACUAAACUAGAUAGAAUGCAAACUCAAUAUGAGGAAUUACUCAAGGCUAAAGAGACAAUGGCAGAAACCAAAGGACAUAACUAAAUUAGUAAUGGAAACAGAAGCAUUAGAAAGUAAGCCAGCUUACAUGUUCCCUCUAAGGGAGGUACCUAUGGUGUCCCCAGAGCAUGGUAUAGUGAAUCUCAUGUGCCCCAGUUUACACAAGUUGAUAUAGACAGUUUUAAGAAAAAUACCCCAUCAUAUGAAGAAGAACCCAUGGCAGUUGUAAAGCAGUUUAAACACUUAGUUAAGCUUCAUAAUUCUUCUUAUUUGGACUUUGACAUCCUUAUGGAUGAAUUAUUAACAAAAAGGGAGAAAUGGCAGAUUAUACAGGACACUAAUUAUAACCCCCAAUUGCCGAUUGGCCAACUUGGGAUCCUGGUUGGGAAUAUAACUCUUUUCUGGAGUAAAGAGACUUAACUACAGAUAGGGAGGCAAUAAUUGAAAUGGUGAGGCAAAAUUCCAGAUGCCCAGGAACCUUGUCUAUAUUUGAAUACCUAAAGCAGGAAGUCGGAGAGACUCCAUCCACUCUCCGUGAUAGAAUUAUUGACUAUGCAGAAAAAUGGAUUGGGUUGGACACUUUAACAGAUGUGAAUGUAAAUUAUAUUCUCGGGCAGUUUGUAAAAAAUGCAUGCCCUGUGUUCCGAAAUUAUUUUCAGAGUAAUUGUCCAAAUUGGUCUGACAUGGGUCUUGACGAAAUUAGGAGAAUUGCUAACUAUGUUUUCCAAGAUGAGAAUGAGGCAAUUAGAAGAGAAAAAUGAUAUAAUUGAUAACUUAACCAAAGAAAUCAGAGAGCUUAAACAAAAACUGAAAUCCAAUGAAGUGCAGGAAAAAAACCCAAAAAACUAGCUGCACUAAGAACUUAUAGAUAACCCAGAAAUAAUUAGAACCCCAGACAAUACAGACAAACCCCAAGAUGUUUUCUUUGUAACAGACCUGGUCAUCUCAUAAGACAGUGUAGAUUUAGGGGACAAUUCUUUGUACAAAGUUUCAAGGGAAACUGAGGCACUAGAUUUAAUCACUUUAGUGGAUUCAGGCAAAAUGUAUAUAGAAAUUAUGGGUUUAAUAAUGGAUUUAAUAAUGCAUUCCAGUAUGGGAGACCCAACUACCCAAAUUAUUUUGAUUCUGGAUGCUACCAUAAUUCACAACAACUCACAGACCUGAAUACCAUGCAAAAAUAUAUUAAAGCAGGUUCUCAUUCAAAAUAUUUCCAAGUAGUUGGUGGGAAUCCCCAAAAACCUGAUAAGCAAAAAGGUGCAACUUCAUUAUGAAGGUGUGCCAAGACCUGUGCAGUUAAAAAUAUAGUAUAUGGAGAAAAUGGACUAGGAAGUAUGGACAAUGGAAUAAAAACUAAUGAAAAUGACAAAGAGAUUUUAAAAAUGAGGGAAAUCAGUUCAGGAGAAAUCAAUGAAAAGUAGAAAAUGAGGAACAGGAACAAGUGUUGAGUUUUCAUGAUCCUAGCGUGUUAGCUCCUGUGAUACCUGUCAAAUCUCCAGAAAAUAGCACAAAACCCCAUGAAAUGCUAAAACUAGGAACACAAGUUUAUGAUUGUCUCUUAGACACAGGUGCUGCCAAGUGUGUGUUGCAGAAAUCCCUUGAGGAGAGCAAAGCAGUGGGUUCAAUAGAAGUUGUGGGUGUGACAGGAAGACCUAAAAAAGUCAAAAAGCUAGAACCAAGAAUGGUUUCACUUGGACCUCUAUGUGUAGAACACUUUUCUUUUAAUGCCAAAUUCCUCAAUGAAUCUAGUGGGUAGGGAUCUUCUUUGUAAAUUGAGAUAGUAUGUAUCCCAACUGGAGAUAUUUCUUUAAAUCUCCCAUAAGAAUCCCUAAACCUUUUCCCUGUAUUAUUCCUAGAUACAGUAGAAUCAGAGGGGGAAGGGAAUAACAUCUAUCAGAUACCAGAUGAUAUUCCAAAAGGUUCAUGGGCUACAGAUUCUACAGAUGUAGGUUUAUUAAAAUCAGCAACCCUUGUUAAAGUGCUGACUAAAGGAGGCCCACCACCAUGCAUUCCACAAUACUCACUUAGCAAAGAGGCCAUUGAUGGGAUCACUCCGAUAAUAAAUUUGUUAUUGUAGCAAGGCAUAAUACCAUGCAUCUCUGAAUAUUCUAACCGUAACCCUAAAUUUGUGCCAAUUUUACCAGUUAAAAAACCCAAGCUAUAUGCUGAAGGAUGAAUAGUCUAUAGAGUCAUUCAAGAUGUUGUUAACGAUCAUGUGGUAAAAUCUUACCCAGUUGUACCAUAUCCUGCUGCCAUCGUUUCAUCUAUCCCAAGUCAUGGAAAAUAUUUUACUGUGGUUGAUUUAUGCUCUGUUUUUUUCUCAAUACCUAUACAUGAAGAUUCACAAAAAUAUUUGCAUUCACGUGGCAGGGAAGUCAAUACACAUGGUCCUGUUUGCCACAGGGAUUCGGUGAAAGUCCUUUAUUUUCUUAAAUCUUAAAUAAGGAUUUGAAAAAUAUUCAGUAAGGAUAGUAAGCUCAUUCACUUUGUAGAUGAUUUACUUCUAGCAUCACCAUCUGCAAAAGUGUGCCUAUGUGAUAGUAAAUGUCUUCUGUGUGCGCUCUACAAGAGGGGACACAAAAUAUCAGGAACUAAACUUCAAUGGUGUCUUCCUCAUGUAGAAUAUUUAGGGUUUGUGCUGUCUGAGAGGUCCAGAAGCAUUUCCCAAAAGAGAGUAGCAGACAUACAAAAGCUGAGUGCCCAUAAGACCAAAAGGCAACUCAGAGCUCUCUUAGAAACCACAGGUUUUUGCAGACAAUGGGUACCUAAUUAUGGUGAACUACAAAACCACUGACUGCUUUAACAAAAGACAGUGAGAAAGAUCCACUGAAGCUAAAACCAGAGCAUUUGCAACAAUCACAAAGUUAAAAAGAGGCAUUAUUAUCAGCUCCUGCUCUUGGUAUCCCUAAUUAUUUGAAACCAUUCUUGCUCUUUGUCCACAAGGGAAAGGGAAUAGCUUCAGGUGUUUUGACACAGAGCUUAGGACCAAACCAAUGUCCUAUUGCAUAUUCUGAUCAACUAGAUCCCAUAGCCAUAGGAAUAGCUCCAUGCUUAAGAGGUGAGACAGCAACUACAUUGCUUGUAACCAAAUCUGCAGAUUUAGUGUUAGGCUGCCCACUGACAGUUUAUUGUUCACAUGAAGUUGAGGCACUUCUCCGAAAAUUCAGAACGCAGGUAUUUUCAGACCAAUGUCUGGCUAAAUAUGACAUAGUGCUUUUGGGGAAUGAACAUAUAACAUUAAAGAGAUGCAACACCUUAAAUCCAGCUACGUUAUGUGAAUUUCAAAACUACUCUACCCUAUUCAGACCAUUCCUUAGAAGAUGGGAUUUAGCUAUUUUCUGAUCAAUAACAAUAGUGAUACUUGGAAUAACAGAAUCAGGUCUUGGAAACUACAUUCUCCACCCUACUCAGGGUAACAAGAAUAGAAAGGGCUGCAGAAAACUCAAGAUUUAAUUAUUUGAGAAUAUGGCCUUCAACAGACAUGUGCAAAAAAAGACAGAUCUCUGGGCGGUCCUAGGUCAAGCUAGAGACACCAUUGGCACAUGUGAGAUGCAGGGAGUGAGGUAGAGAACAGCCUCGGGAGUUCUCGGGACUUCCUGUGAGGAGGGCGAGAGUUCAGUUUGAGGCUGGAGCUUGAGGUUGGAGGAGCACUGCAGACUGCUUUCCUUCAAAUUGGGCACGUGGGUGAUAAGGACUGAUCCCUUGCCCAGCCUUGUGUUAUAAUAAAAAAUUAGGUUUCCAGUAAUAAAGUAUUAUAUAUUUAGAGGUUUAUUAAAGAUUAAGAAUAAAGGAAAUACAAAUAAGAAAGCAAGUGUCUAGGCCCAGAGAGCCCAUUCACAACCACUCACAUCUUGUCUGCUAGGUAGAAAGUCAUGUGUGCUAAGAAGCAGAAGUAGGAAGAGAACUCAGUAGGCUUUACAGCCAGUUUAAAUAGAAAUUUUGAUCUCGCCCAGGUGAGGAUCUCAGUGAGAUUAGAGGGCAUCCUGGGGACUAGAGCAAGGACUUCUUGGGAUUGAAGUCCGGGGUUCAAAUCUCUAUUUUUACAUUCCCUCAUUUGAGUGUUUGGGAAAAAGAUUUUCCCCAAAGGAUCAUGAAAACAUAAUCAACUUAAGGAUUACAAUACUUUGAGGAUAAGAGGAAAAAAGAACAAAACCAAUAAUUCCUAGACGCAGUGACAAAAAGCCAAUUAGGGGGAAGUCCCCUUUGGCAUAAAAGUAUACAUACAAAGGAAUGUUCAAUCAACCACACCCAAAGUUCAUUCUUGAUCUUUUCGUACAGCUUUUGGUCUGGAGGCAUCUUCAUGGUGUCUUCUCCAACAGUUCAGUUUCUGGAUUCGGAGAGGUAGCAUCUUUCUUUACCUAAAAUUUUUCUUAAAAUGAAUUUAAACUUUGCUGUUUAAAAUAAUAAUAUUUUUUACAUUUCCCCAUCUUGAGGGUGAUUGAAAAACACAGGAUCACUUAGGGAUGCACGGCCGAGUUAUGAGGUAUAUGAAUCAAUUGGCAAGAGAUGUUAAAAAGACAUCAGAGAAAAUCCAAAUAAGAAAAUUUAUGGAUGAAAAUCAAGACUAUCAAAGUUUUAUGUGCAAAAAUUCCAAGUAAAGGAAAAGUAAAUCUAUAAGAGGCCCUUGAAUUAGGGCCAAAUUAAAACGAUCUAAACAGUGAUGCUCUUACCCAGUCAGUAGCCAGGACUACAGAAUGUUUGCCACACUAUGAAAGACAGAAAAGGGUCCAGAUUAUAGGAGCCAAAUAGGAGCCAAGUUCAGGGAUACUCAUCUGUAAGUAUUUUCAGAGUGAGUGUGGACACAAGGAAGGCCUAUGUCAUACUGUAUGUUAAACAUAGCAACCCUGAGUCUUCACACUAGGUUCAAGACCUUUGUAUUGGCUUUGAAGUGCAUCAAUCCAUCCUGGGUUGGUUUAUCUUUGGCCCUGUGCAAUGGCUCUUUUGUGUAUAUCUUGUCCUGGAAUCAGACAGAAUCAUUAAGCAAAGUCCCAUAAUAAUUUUUAAAAAAUAAUUAGUGGCAUCAUUUUUAUAUUCUCAAGAUUUUUGGGGCAUGCAUUGACAAAUAUAUCUUAAACUUGUAGUAUUGCAAAAUCAAAAAAGUUACAGAAAAUCUUAAUGCUGGUGACAUGUGCUUCAAAUAUAAAAAAGGAGAGAAAAAAUAAAAAACUUGAAAUAGUAUAUUACACAUGCAAGAAAAAUAUAAUAAAAGAAUUUUAAAAAUUCAAAAAUGUAGCUUAUAAUCAUUGACACACUGUGUCAGCUAAGAAAAUAUAGAAUGCAAGGCUUUCUCACCAAAAAUGAGAUCCAUUUCCUCUUCAUAUCUGGCCAUGAUCCACUGAGUAAAAGCAAAUGAAUUGAACAGUAGUCCAAAUAUGUAGUUAUCAGUUAUCAAUAUCCCCCCAAUUCUCAAUAGCUCAGUUAAUUACAAUAGCAAACAAACAUUACACAUGCAAGAAAAAUAUAAUAAAAGAAUUUUAAAAAUUCAAAAAUGUAGCUUAUAAUCAUUGACACACUGUGUCAGCUAAGAAAAUAUAGAAUGCAAGGCUUUCUCACCAAAAAUGAGAUCCAUUUCCUCUUCAUAUCUGGCCAUGAUCCACUGAGUAAAAGCAAAUGAAUUGAACAGUAGUCCAAAUAUGUAGUUAUCAGUUAUCAAUAUCCCCCCAAUUCUCAAUAGCUCAGUUAAUUACAAUAGCAAACAAACCCACUAUCAUAUUUUACAUAAGUUGCUGUAUGGUAUUUAAAGAUAAUGGAUACUUGUCACAAGUUUUUACAGACAUAGCAAAUCUUUCAACCUUGGUAAACAUAUUUUUAAACAAAGUAAAACUCAUUUUGGGUUUAGAACAUCAUCAAGAAUCUAGAGAUCAUUCUGGUGGAAGUUAAGUAGUGAGCUGAAGAGUUAUAAAUGAGGGGUGCUCCUUUUUUGGAUGCUUCUAGGUGUACAUGCCCUGGGAUUAACUGCCCAACUUCCAUUCACAUUUUUAUAAUGCGGGAGUUGGGGGUUAAUUGUAUUUCACUUCAGCUACUAGAGUGGGCCUUACCUCGUGUUAGAGGCAGGCAAAAAUGACCAGAGAUUGUUAAGAAAAAUUCUAAAAAUCAUGUCUAAAGAACCCUUAAAAUCAAUUUGAGAUUAGCACAUUAAAUCAUUCAAAGGUUGCUAUACAAUUGUAGCAAUUUUGAUGAAGUUCAUCUAUCCUCUAUGUGACAAUUUAAAAAGUCAAAAAUAGAAAAGCUGUUUUUAUAUGGGCUUAUUCAAUAAUAUUUGUCCAGAAUGGUUAUAGGGGAAUAGCAACAGAAUAUAACAGUAGUUAAAACUCAGUACAUUAAAACGAUCCAGUGUAACAGAAUAGUAUGGAAUGCAGUAAUAUAUGAACUUAAAAUCACAAAGUUAAACCUUAAACAAAACAAUCAGCAAAAUGCAAUAGAAUACAGAGAUUUAUUAUUAUUAUUAUUAUUAUUUUAUAAAACACUAAGUCUGAAAUGCCUAAAAAAUAUAACCUCCAGUCUUUUUAAAGAUCCUUGGGCUUUUAUCCAUUUAGAUGCCUAUUGUCAGAAGGCAGAUUGGUAAUGGUUAGGCAAUGGGGUUUAAAUGAUCUGUCCAAGGCCACACCACCAGAAAGUGUCUCAGGCCAGAUUUCAACCAAAGACCUCCCAUCUCUAGGCCUGGGUCUCAAUUCAUUGAGCCACAGAGUUUCCUCCCCAUAGUAAGAGUAGAUUUUAGGAAUUUCAAAUUUGGCUAAAAAGGGAGCUGAAGUUUGCCUCUGCAUCACAUGAUCACAUGUAAAUGAAAGAAUCAAUAUAGUUAAAAGAUAUAGUUAAGAGUUUAAAGUAGCUAUGCUUUAAGUUCCAGUUAGGAAAAGUAUCUUCUUUCCCUUUCUCCCCUCCUGUGAUCCCCUGCCCCCAGUCUACAUAGAGGCUAAUCGUAGCCUAAGGGAAAAUUACCCCCGUUUUUUACCAGCUGAUAGAAAUGAGUCCUGGGCCUGAGGCUAGAGUCUGCUGCACCGGUGGAUGGUGGGUGAUCGCAGGUGAUCGAGAUCUGGGUCAAACAGGUCCGGAUGCUGGGAACAGGAGCUGAGCCAACUGGCGGGAACAGCAGGCAGGAACUGAGACCCAGUGAACGAGAGAGAGACCACUGGGGUGGGCAGGGCCAGUACAGGAAUGCAGGCAAGCGUGAGAUAAGUCAAGAGGCUUUCUAAAAAUGCUUGGAGAAACAUAGCUUAGAAAUCAUUAUCUAGGCUUUUUUUUUUUUUGAUUUUUUGAGAAGUUCUUUUGUCCCAUUAGGUCACCAACUGUUAUAAUUAAAAUUAGGUUUCUAGUAAUAGAGUAUUAUAUAUUUAGAGGUUUAUUAAAGAUUAAGAAUAAAGGAAAUACAAAUAAGAAAGCAAGUGUCUAGGCCCAGAGAGCCCAUUCACAACCACUCACAUCUUGUCUGCUAGGUAGAAAGUCGUGUGUGCUAAGAAGCAGAAGUAGGAAGAGAACUCAGUAGGCUUUAUAGCCAGUUUAAAUAGAAAUUUUGAUCUCACCCAGGUGAGGAUCUCAGUGAGAUUAGAGGGCAUCCUGGGAACUAGAGCAAGGACUUCUUGGGAUUGAAGUCCGGGGUUCAAAUCUCCAUUUUUACACUUGGCUAUCCAAGACCUUAAUGCCCACUUUGGCUCAGCCUGAGCCAGAGUGGUUCUGAGUUAAACUUCUUUCCUUCUCUCCCUUUUUCCUUCUCCCCCUCUCUCUCCCUCUAAUACUUUCUUCCUUCUGUUGUAAUUAAAACACCAUAAAAAUUUGGCAGCUGACUUGAGUGUUUCAUUUAGGAAUUACUUAAGUGAAUUCCUUGGCGACCUUAAAUUAAUAUAUAUCAGUCUUUUAAAGUGAUUUCAAUAUCACAGUUAUUACCUGACUUACCAACACAGGGGGAACCAUUGCACAAUUGUGAAACUGUAGUGCAAAUAAUAGAAAGGCCUUAAGAAAAUCUGUCAGACAUACCUCUUGACAACCCUGACCUGUUCUUAUUCACAGAUGGAUCAUCAUAUAUACAGAAUGGAAUAACAUUUACAAGUGCUGUGGUAGUAAGUGAAUUUGAGACCCUAUGUUUUGCUUUCCUACCUAGCAACCUAAGUGCCCAGGGAGCCAAAUUAAUUCACUUAAAACAUGCAUGUGAGCUCGCAAGACACAUGUGCAAAUAUUUAAACUGAUUCCAAAUAGGCAUUUGGAAUUUACCUUGCUGUCAGUUCUCUCUGGCUUCAGAGAGGAUUUUUAACAUCUAGUGGGAAAAGAAUCCCUUAUGCAUAAAUAAUUUGGGAAUUACUGUCAUCUCCCCAACUACCAAAAGAAUUGGCAGUGAUUCACUGCCAAGGGCAUUCUUUAGGACAAGACUUAGGUGCCAGAGGAAAUCGUAUGGUGGAUAUGGCUGCAUGAUAUGCUGUGCAAAAUGCUCCAGCUUGCAUUAUGAAUCUCUCCAUUAUACAUACCAGAUUUAGAAAAAGCAUACAAUGACAGGUUCAGAAGUGGUAGCAAAAUUUUGGAGCUAGAAAAGAAAAUGAAAUAUGGAUAGCAUCAUUGGGAAAACCAAUUCUUCCAAAAGCAUUUUACUCUUAUAUCUACCAAGCAACACACAAAAAGGGUCAUUUUGGGACACAAGCAUUAAUUGAUACUGUUAAAAGAACUUGGUUAGCUCUGGGAAUUAGCACUGUGGCAAAUAAGAUCUGCUCAGCUUGCUCUCGGUGUGCACAAUUUAACCAAAGCAUAUUUAAGCUAAAAGCUUUUGUUGAUUGUCCACUGGCUCACACACCAUUUGAACAUUUGCAAAUCGAUUUAAUCAACAUGCCCAAAUCAGGACAAUUUAAAUUUUGUCUAGUAACAGUGGACGAACCAACUAGAUGGCUGGAAGCUUUUCCAUCUAGUAAAAACAUAUCAAGCUUUGUAGCCAAAAUCUUGUUGAAAAAGAUGAUUCCAAGAUAUGGUAUAUCACUGAGAGUAGAUUCGGACAAAGGGAGCCAUUGUACAGAUUCAGUUCUAAAGCAAGUUUAUGAGUAUCUGGGUGUCACGCCAAAAUUUCAUGUCCUAUAUCAUCCUCAAAGUUCUGGGCAGGUGGAGAGACUAAACAGAGAAAAACUAUGGUUGUGAAAUUAUGCAUGGAAACUCAUUUGAAGUGGUCAGAGAUUUUGCCUCUAGCACUGUUCUAUCCCCGCAGUAGACCAAGAGGAGAUGGGCAAAGCUCACCAUAUGAAAUGUUAUUUGGAUAUUCUCCACUGCAGGCAAAAAGUUUUAAAACAUCUUAUCUAUUUAUGCUUGGAGGGGGAUCUUGCACUUGCUGAAUACAUCAUGGAGUUACAAAACAGGUUAGAUAAUUACAGGAAAUGAGAAUUUUAACUCAAAGGGGGGGCCAUUAGAUUAUGCACUUCAAUUGAUAAAACCUGGGGAUUCAGUUUACAUAAAAAACUUUAAUAGAAGCAGUACAACACAAUCAUUAUGGGUAGGACCUUUCCAUGUUAUUUUGACAACAGCAUCAGCUAUGUGUGUAUUAGAGAAAGAAACAUGGCUUCAUUGCUCGUGUGUGAAAAAAUCAGCAGCAGAAGAGAUUGCAGCAGACAACAGGGCUACAGUCAAAAAGAAGGGAAAGGAAGAAGAAGAAGAAGAGGGGGAGGAGGAGGAGACGACAGAGAUCAACAUCAAGACAAAGGAGAAGACAACAUAGAAGAAACAAACAUGACAGCAGAAAGGACAAUUGAACUAUAACAAAGAUAUUGCAGAAGAAAAUUAACAUGGAGAAAAGGAACACAGAUGGAUUAUGGGCAUGAACUCCAAGAUUCUUUUUGCACCAUUCUAACAUUACACACUUUCACUAUAGUUGUAAACAAACAUUACAUAGUAACAACAUGAAGACAGAAGACAGUAGCAGAGGAGAUGACUAAAGAUGACUAAAGAUUUGGUAAGUAUUCACUACAAAAUACCAUACACAUAUAGGACACAUUUCUCACAAACUCUGCAACAUCAUAACCAGGUGAUGAGUAUCCAUAGAAAUAAAUAAAUACAGAUAAAUCACCUUGGGAAAAUAAUAAUAACUGUACACAUUAACAUAAUAAGUUCUUAUCUCACAGGAAGACUUUAUGUGUUCCUAAGAGAUAAAAUAAAAAUAAUACUUUUUUUUAGACUAUCUUAAGGAGGGGAAGUUUAUUUUCCUCCUGCAACAUGUAAAUAGUUUGUACAUAACAUAUACAUAGAUGCAGAAAUUGUACAGAUCUGUAUAUUUGUGUAGAUGUGUAUAUAGUUAAAUUGUUACAAAGUUUUGAUUUUAUUACUAUAGUAAGUUGAUUUUGGUUUUAAUAUAGUUAGUUUUGGUUUUCUAUAUUAAUGAUUGGAUAAGGUCAGCAUUGUAAAAAGUUUUGUUUGAAUUAUUCAAAUAGGAUUUGUAACGUGAAGUUUGCUUGAGUUUUGCAUAGUUAUUUUAGAUAGACUUUAGUUUUUUGUAAAACAUAAGUUAGUUUGUAACUGUAUUUUAUUGUUUCAAAAGUUUUUCAAAAGUUUGCAUUUUGUAUUUUCCAUUUUGAAUUUCUGUAAUUUUAUGUUUUGCACUUGCAUUUGUGUAAAUAUGUUUUCAUUGGACAUUUGUUUUCAUUGAAAUUUUCUUUCAUUUAUAUCCCUAGUAUAGGUUAGCAUAGAUAAAGUGUAGCAAAAAGAAUAGGAUAAGAUAAGCAUAAGAUUAAGACUAUUGUUAGGAAAUAUAAUAAUAAUAAGAUUAGGUAUAGCUUUAGAAUUACAUAGAAUAGUGAGCAUAAGGGAGAGAUUUUUCAGCUUUCCAUAUGCUUGGGGGUUGGGAAUUGUAAGGAUGAUAUUAGAAAAUAAGUAUUUUUUAAAAUUAAUUUAGAGAUAAGAAGUAAAGUUGCUGCUUGAGAAAAGAACUGGAGUUUGAAGCAGAGCUGAGAGAGCGUGUUGAUUUCAGAUGUGACAUUUACAACCUGUUUUCUGUGUCAAUUACUCUAUCUGGCAUUUGGCAGAGACACACUCGAGACACUCUCAGGGCUGGAGGAGGAACAUCUUUGACUCUCUGUGUCUGAGGGAAAGACCUGAAAGAGCUCAGAGUUCUCCUUUCCCAACUUGGGAAACACUAGUGACUAUCUAGUGUGGUUUUAUAGAUUGUUUAACUCUGAGAAGACCAAAGGAAAACCUGGUCUUUGAUUUGGACUCUGGGUCUGUAAAGACUACCAGGUAGCCUUUGCUAUUUUAUAAUUUGAAGGUGAAGUUAUGAUUUAUAAGGAUAAUAGUGGUAGUUUUUAUUUAGAUAGUAUAAAUUUGGGUUAGUCAGAUUGGGGAGGAGUAGUGUAGCCUAUGAAACAUAGAAGUGGUUCCUCAUAUUUAGAAUGGAUUUAGAAUCCCUUAGAAGUAGAAAUUCUUGAUUUAUCCUUCCAUAUUUCAAUAAAUAUUUUAUGUUUAUAAUAAGAGUCUCUUGAGCAUCCUUGCACCUGGCUAUGAAGGGAAGUUCACAUUUGAGCUUCACUUCAUCAAUGAGGAUACUUUUGAUUAACCCUAACCCUAAAUCCUAACCCUAAUCUCUAUCAAAAGUAUCCAAACAGCUUUUGAACAGUUUUGAUUACAUCUAUUUUGUUCGCCAUUCUUAUUUUUUUUAUUUUUACAGUGGUGAAGGAACCUCAAAGAAUCUUAUGAACUUAGAGUUGAUUGGUUAGAAUUAGAGUUUUCUGAGGCCAAGGGGGCAGGGGGAGGGGUAUCCAGAGUUUCUGAUAAUGUUCCUAAUUCUCUUUUAAUACUUCUCAUAAAAGCUACAAUCUCUCCCUGACUUUCCUCUAUAAGCUCAAGCCAAGUAUUUAGUUCUGCAUAUUGUUGAGUAGUAGAAGGAACACUCAGUUGGUUUGACUGAGAAGUGGGUUUUUUAAAGAAAUACCAUAUUACAGAUAUAACAAUCAAAAUCCCAAGGGGGAGUAGUGUGUUGCUUAUAUUUUGCCAUAAAUCGCAUGGUAUGAGAAAUUUUAGAGAGAAAAAGAAUGCAAAUUUUACAAGGUUGGUCAUGGAGCUGAAUAGCCAGUUGUUAAGUAUUGUGUGAACUGGCUGUAACUACAUAUUUCUAAAGUAAACAUGUGGGAAGCAGGACAAAGCCAAAAGCUUUCCCAGGUUUUUCUUAAUCUUAAUUUAGGCAGUUGUUCCCUAAAAGAAAGGAUUUAGAAACAGUUCUCCUAGCCAGGACCUUAGGGCUCCAUUGCUAAGAUCUAAAACAGCUUAAUUUAAGGAGAAUCAAAAAGGUUUUUUACUCAUCCAUUCUUGCAGCUGUAUUUUUGAAGCCAAGUUAAAAAAGAAAACAAAACUGACUGAUAGAGCAAGUGAUAAAGAGGGAAAGGAAAGGAAAGAGAUUUCACAGAAACUUUUUGAGGGUUUUCUCACCAACGUUAUGGUCAGCCAUAAACUGUGGCAUUUAAAAUAGUGGAUGCCAUAAACUGUAAGAGUUAAAAUGGUUGAGGUUGUAAACUGUAGUGAGUAAAAUAGUGGAAGAUAUAAAUUGUAGUAGAUAUAAGAGUGGGUGAGUAAAUUGUGACCACAGAAAAUAUGUUUUCACUACAGUGUCUUGUUUUAAAUCAAAUAUAAGGUGGUCGCCAGGGAAAUAUUCCCAAUUAUGAAUAUACCCAAGUCAACUGGGUUUUAUAGAGAUUUUAAUUAAUAAUAUAAUGAGAAAUGAAAGAAAGAGAGAAAAAGAGGAAAAACGGAAUAAUGAGAAAAGGAUAGGCCAGCCCAGGGCAGCCUUGGCCAACCCAGGCCUAAGCCAUAAGAGAAAAGAUCAGUCAGUCCUUAAUUGCUCACCACAAGAUCUGUCCAAGCAAGGAUUCUAGUGACACCAGGCCAGCUUCAUCUCAGCUGACUCCACCCGCUCAAUCUUGAAUCUGAAAUGUCCCCGAGAGAGUCUCCAGAGAGACCCUUCAAGGCAGCCUUUCCCAGCUGACUAUUUCUAGAGAGAGCCUUUUAAAGGGCAAUUUCUCCUAUGUCACCUCCCCUAAGUCCUUACAUCUACCAAUCGCAGUAGACAUUUUCCAAAGGACAGCCCAUUCUGAAUUCACAUUUUGUUAUCACCUUUUCUGGGUAGACUAAAACUUCUGAGUAAUUCACAUCAGGAAAGCUCUGAGUAAGUUCUCACCUCUUUGCUCCGUGUAAGUUCACAAGUAGCCCAACCUUUAUAGGUACUUAGCGCCCCUUUCUAAAAAUAGGCCUGGCUUAAGUACGGGUUUAAGUACUUUUCAUUGUUCAGCAAGGAGUGUUUUUCCCCUAAAGCUGUCUUAAGUAUGGGUGGAGUAGAGGUCCUCCCAUUUCUGAUCCAAGUGGAGUUCUCACUUUCCAAAUGGGGAAAGGUCCCAGUCGGGAAUUGUUCCAAUGGAGAAUUCCCCAAUGGGGAAAUUUUUAACAUUCACAAGUCUGAGAAAUUUCAAGACUCACAAUCUGGAGGUGAAUUUUAAGUCUUUUCUCACUCCAUUGCCGAUUGAUGUUAGCUGUUUCAGUUUGUUCCCUGCUCCAGAAUGAAGAAGUCUCUGUAACACAAUUCUAAAGAUGUAGGUGAUUUACUGUUAACCACUUCAUAAGGUAUCAAAAUUGAAACAUUCUGUUACAUUGUCUGUAUUUGUACCUCUCCCAUAACUAUGAUUUUACUGAAGAACAUAUUGUACAAAGUUCAUGAACAGCCUUUUGUUCCUUUUUUGCCUUUAUUAAUUAUAACACACAUGAUGAUGGAUGAACCCCAUCACAUUGGUUUCAAUCUGUAUACAAGUUUUGGGGAAUUUAUUCAUCUAAUGAUCUCGAUUGGUUCUAAUAAGUCUUCAAAAAUGAUUUUCACCUCUGCAUGAUCGUUCAUUUGCCUGCCUCUGAGUUGUUUGUAACAAGGGGUAAGGGCCCAUUUGUGGUUGAAAUAGAGCGUAAUGGCAUUGCUGUAGUUUCCUAUCUCUGCAUUUAUUGAACAUGUAAUGGAUGAAACAUCUGAAGUGACUUUCACUGUUUAGUCCUCGGCUCCAUGUGAGAAUGGCUGAGGCAUAUUGGAGGCAGUUAUGUUACACUGUUAACAGUCUCAUACCAAGAGGGAGGGAGGUGCCCAAGUGGCUUCGUUAUCCUGCUGUGAACUUUCGAUUACUCCACCCUACUUAGUCUAACAAAACCAGGAAUGUCUACACCCAGAAGAUGUGCUAGCAAAUGACAAAUCAGAAACAACUGACAGACCUCUGUACGGCAUUCAUAUUUGCCUGUCGUCUCACCUUGAUUGAAGUCCUGUAUUCUCUGAUGAUUUUAAAAUACAGGUUCAUGCAUGUGUGUAAGAUUAUCAUAUGCAUAUGUGUAACACUGAUUUUCUUCAUGUGUGCAUGUGCAUAUAAGCGAAAUCUUCAUGUGUGCAUGUCAGUCUUCUAUGUUGUGAAUCUUCAUGCAUGGGUGUAUGCAAUGGCUUUUUCAUUUGUUAUAAGUGUAUCCUAUGAUUUUAAGAUUUGAUAUUGAUUUUUGUAAUUUGAAUAUCUGGUUAUCUAGAAAUCUGGAUCAGUGAAGACUUAUAUAUUGGGAGAUUAGGAUAUCAGACUAUCUGGAGAUGGAAAUUUUCUUUUCCUCUUGAUUUAUACGUGAUUGUUAUGUAUUUUUCUGUUAGCAGGAGUUUGUUUUACUGUCAGCAGAGAUUUGGUUGUUAUGUGGAGCUAUUUUCUUGAUACCUAGAAUUAUCUCUUAUUUUUAUGCAGUGCCUUUAUUCUGUUUUUUCUUCUUUACUCUCAUAUUAGUAAUUUCCAUUUAUGGGGACAAUUUAAGUUGUUGCUAGGGCAUUUGACAUUACUUCAGGUUCUUCUAUAUUUCUUUUGCAUUCUAUUCAGGAUGUUUCCCCUAAAUAUUCUAUAUUGCUAUCAGUAUUGUGGCCAUGAUGCUGUUUCUUGUGAGAUGCCUGAAAACGAUUAGUUAAUAUCUUCCUGGUAUGCCCUCCCUCUCUUCCUCCCCCGGGAGAGAUUGGUUUUUAGGUGGAGGAUGAUAGAUAUGGGUAACCUGUUUCAGUUCUCAUCUAUAGGUUGGUUUUAAGUGCCUUUAAUAUCAGAUUCAUGGAUUUAUCCUGCAUGGGUAAGGUGCUCCAAUAGCAUCUUAGAGGUUUCCCAUCUUUAUUUACUAGGUCUUUGGACUUGUCUUAGUUAUGUAGCUAGGGUUUGUCAUUAUAAGCUUAGGGGUUUAAGUGACUGGCCCAGAGUCACAGAGCUAGGAAGUGUCUGAGGUUUGUGUCAAGGGAAGUUCCUCCCUUUCCCCUCCUGGGUUGCUGAGCUGUCCUUCAGCAUUUUUUAGAUACCACAGUUGUGCCAGGGUUUGUGUCUGUGAACAUCUGUGAACGUCCUGUCAAUAUAAGAAAUGGGGGAGGCCUUUUCUGGGCUUUUUGGACGGCCUUUGACUGGGAGAGACAGUAACGAGGAAAAGGAAGAUGCUUGCAAACUGGGGAAUAUGUGUUCUGAGAACUUAGAAUAAGAAUGAGAUUUAACUCUGUGCUGAUCUACCUUUUCUCUUCAUAGACUUUAUGAAAAAGAAUAACGGGUAGAUAUAUUAAAUUUAGAUUAUAAGAGGUUACAUUGGAACUCAGCUCCUCCUGACUCCAGAUACUUCCAGUUCCAAGCAUUUUCAAUGGCUAUAUCCCAUUCCUGGAAUAGUUCUUCUUUCCCAGUUCAAAAUGCUGACCCCCCACUGCUCUUGAAUCCUAAUGAAAAACCUUCUACAAGAACUCUAACUCUAACUCCACUAAAUUAGAGGGCCUUCAUUCUUUUCAUUCUUUCCUAUUUCUCCUACGCAGAUCUUGCUUGAUGUUUGGUUGUUUUUUUUUUUUUUGCAGAUUGUCUUCCUCCCUCAUUGAGUUGUCACCUCCUUGAGGACAGGAGUUGUCUUUUGCCUUUUGGGGAAUCCCCAGGGCUUAGGCCUGGUGCAUAAAAGGCACUGAAUGUAGAUGGAAUGGAAUUGAACAUUUCUAGUCCUUGCUAUAACCUGAGUAUAUCCCUCUCUUGUCUGUCUCCUCCUCCUUUCCCAUUUUGUACUGGAGUCCCACAAAAGAUGCAUUCCCCUGUAGCUGGGACAUCCCAAGAUUCUUCCCAUGAUGCCCUCUGUCUUUGGCUUCCCUGUUACCCUAGCAGGCUCCUUCCUUUAUCCCUCUCUCCUUGGGCAGUUUUAGAAAAAAGCCUCUUCCUUAUCUUCUGUUGAUAUUCUGCUACAGUGGUUAUCUGGAGUUCUUCACUCCUCCUGCUUUGCACUCUUUGGAGUUUUCCAUAAGCAAACUUCUAGUUUUCUCUCUAAAAAUGUUUCAGGGUGCUCUUCUUUAGGGAACACCGUUUACUUUUUUGGCUGUGAUUGUUCGGCUCACAUUGGCACGUGUUGAGAGUGACCUUUCCAAAACAGACAUUCUGCCUGUCUAUAAAGACGUCGAUAGCUUGCCUCAAUGGACGUCAUAUCUAUGUACGUGUGUAUUUAUAUGUCUGUCUAUACACGCACACGCAUAGCACCCUUUUGUAGGUUUGGGGGAGCACUCGGCUAUAGAAGCACUAGGAUGGACCGUGAUUUGGCAGAAAGCAGCCGGCCAGCCUUCGAGUUCCAAUGCAAAGUCAAGCUCUGACUUUAGACAGGAGAAGAAGCAUCUUUGCGGGGUUGUUUGAUGGUGAGAGGAAUCUUCCGAGCUCCGCCAGCGUCUGGAAGCCGCGACAGAGCAGCGACUCAACGCACAAGAAGUGGGUUCCAUACGUGCGCUAUUACUGGCCAGAUGAGUCCCGAAGCCAGCAGGAGACAGUGAUGGGACAAAAGCCACCAGGAAAGGAACGAUGCGGGAUCGGCCCCUGGGCGGCACCUUCAGUUCUCAACAUUCGCCCGCUCCGCUGGCUUGGGAACAGAGCGGCGCCCUUCUUCGAAGUCUUCCUCCUGAGGCGGGCACUGACAGCCUCACAAAGAAAGACAGUGCACAAAAGGGGGGAGAGGAGCUUGCAGAGGCGAGAGAGCGUGCCCACGUCACGGGCACGGUGGCGAGAGGUCGGAAAAGACCCAACAAGUGGAAGCGGGCGAGAACUCCCAUACCUGAGAUCCCUUUCCCCAGAGGUGGGCCAGUAGACAAGGGAAGAGCUUGGAGUGGCCCUGUGGAUGGUGAGUCACAGAAUCAAUCCAAGCCUGCCUUCUGCGCUGAGCCCACGCACAAAGAGUACGAUGCGAAGACGCUGAAGACGCGCGACUCGAGAUCCUGGAGAAAAGAAAAGAGUCACAAACUCCGGGGAAAGCAUGAAAAUCAGCCAGAAAGUCCUCAGCUGUUGAGAAGCAAACGAGUAGACUGAAGGGCGUGAACUGCCAGCCCGGCGCAGGCCGUCUUGCAUAGAGCAGCAGCAGCAGUUGGAGAGCGACGACUCCUCCGGAGCAGCAGCAGCAGUUGGAGAGCGACGACUCCUCCAGAGCAGCAGCAGCAGUUGGAGAGCGACGACUCCUCCGGAGCAGCAGGGCACUUUCAGAUGUGUCCAUCUCUGCUGUCCAUCAGCAGCACCGGGUGCCGGAAAUGGGGAGAGACCGAGACGCCAAGCAAGAUCCCCGUGGGAUGUCCCCGCCUGUUGACAGCUGAGCUGACGGGGAGGCCAGUCUCUCUUCUCCCUGGAGGGUUUUUUCAGGGGAAUCAGGAAUCUGUGAGCUUGUCUCACUUGGGCUCAAGCCUGCAAUACUCGGGCCAGGAGUUGCCAAAGAGCGAAUUCAUGUUGGGAAGGUGAUUGCCACAGCCCCUGUCACGUGUCCUACACAGUCCGCCGUCUCUCCUACCACUUGAGUCACUGGCUGUAAAGACUAUGGCCAACCCCACCCCAAACGACCUGCCUGUGGGAUUAUUGGGUACCCGCAGACUUGGCUGCCCCUUGAAAUAAAAGCAUAAACGGAGGGAAACGAUGGGAACCUGUUACUUCCCAGUGGCUGCUGUUCCCUGGCUGACUAGAGCUGCUACAGGGACUUGAACCGCUUCUAUGUAAUGGAGGCAGAACAGGGAUACUGCUGAGGGGUGCCACACACAGGGGACACUGCCCUGGGGUCUGCCUGUUGAUCCCUACCGAUUGCUGACAGGUCCAUCGACUUCCUCAACCCCUUUCUCCCUCCCUCCCUCCCUCCUUCCCUUUCCAACCUCUCCUUUUUGCCUCCCUCACCUCCCCAAUCUUCUUUGAAGCCUUCGCUUCUUCCCUCCCUCCUGAGUGAACUAUAAAGACACUCUGGUUGCUUUCUCAGUCAAGGGGUUUAUUGGGAUAACAGGAUGGGAAACUGAGGUAAGAGGGAUGAGGAAAUCCCUAAUCUGACUGAGGUAAAAGUGAGGGUUUGGGGAGUCACAAGCGUGUCUCUUAGACAGUUAAAAGAUGGAGGUCAAUGGCUUUUCAAGAUCUUCUUCUUCUUAAAUCAGCCAGGACUCUCAGCUUAAAGCCAGAUAGAAACAAAGUUCAAAGUCUUUAAGUUUCUCCUGGCCAGCUCAAUUCUCAAAUCGAUCACCAACUCCAAAAGCUUCUCCCCUGAUCCGCUUCCACUGCUCGGAGCCAGAGACAAAGUCCAAAAGUCAAGUCAGUCUCACAAAAGUCUCUCAGCCAGCUUCAGCCUCCAGAGAACAAUUGUGUGUCCCCCAGUCAGAGACCCAGAGACCAAAAGCCCCCUGGUCCACUGCAACUGCUCAGAGCCAGAGAGACAGAGACUAAGUUCAAAAACCCAGUUUCUCCUCAGUGUGGCCAACAAAAGACCUCCAGGGAGAAGAGGGACUUCCAGUGCCAGACACAGAGACCCCAAACCCCUCCCCCUGUCAGCUCAGCUGUCAACAGGUGGGGACAGUCCACUGGAAUCUUCUUUGGCAUCUUGGUCUCUCUCUCUCCUAUCUCUAGCACAACCCUUAACCCAUGAUCUUGACUCGUUCUUUGAAGUUUCUGGAGUUCUCGGGGCAUGUUUAAGUCUUUUCUUUCUCCUAAAGAAAGUGGCAACACUUUUUCUUAUGAAUAAGCUCAGACAAAACACAAAGUAAUUAAAUAAUGCUUUUUGUCAUUGAGUGAAGGAACUCCCUUCUCCAUCAUAGCCACUCUUAUUUCUGUGUAAUGAAAUAUAAAUAAGAAUUAGAGGGCGUAUACAAAUGGAAACAAUCAUGCAGUAAAAGGCUCUCCCUGUGACCCACCCUACCAAGAACCUCAAAGCCUGAAUGUAACAACAGACAAUUCUCCUUCACUUGACUGAAAACCAUCCCAGAUCACUCCUAUUCCUUUAGAAACCUCCUCCUGUGUUCAUCCAGAUGAGACUUGAUUUCAGUCAUGCCAAAAACAAACCGCAUCUUUUCUUGAACUUUGUUCUCUUUUGAGGCAUCACGUAAAACUUCCCUCCAGAGUGCACCACACUUGCAGGAUUCUCACGAACUCUUCGCAGAUUUGAGGUGAGAACAUAUCGCUAAGAAAGACCUUUGCUCUCUCUUCUCCUCCACACAAGUCCCAGAGCUCAGACUCUCUCCGUGAUUUCAUAGGGAGACAGUCGAGAGUUAGAUGCUCCUCAGCAGCAUUCCAACGAGAGCUGUUUUCUCAAAACUUGAUCCGGCUCUGAGAGACUCUGGUUUCAAGGGUUGACUCUGACACGCGUAAAGGGUUGGGGCUGGACCUUCUGUGUGCUUCCAUUUCCUCCUGUAACCGAUGAGAGUUGGAUUAUUAAUCCUGACUUGACUUUCAGCCUUCUGUCCUCUGACUUCAUAUGGUUUAGGAGGUGGUGACGUUCCAGGAUGUGGCUGUGGACUUCACGCGGGAGGAGUGGCGCCUCUUGUCCCCUCCCCAGAAGGAGCUGUACAGGGAGGUGAUGCUGGAGAAUGCGUGGAACCUGCUCUCUGUGGGGCUUGCCGUUCCCAGAGACGUGAUCUCUUACGUGGAGCAAAGGGAAGCCCCGUGGAUGCUGGAGCAGGAAGGCCUGAGGAGCUGCUCUCCAGGAGAGAUCAGACCUGACAUGAAAGUGACUUCAAUAGAUGUGAACCUUUCUGUGGACGAGAGUGACCAACAAAGACUCAUGAGUGGUGGUCUUGCUAAAUUACCUUUGAGAGAAUUCUGUAUUGAAUCCCAAAAUUCUUCCCUUAUUGUACAUCAAAGAAUGUAUACUGAGCAAAAAUCUAGUGAAUGUAAUCAAUGCAAAAAGACUUUUAUGCACAGGUCCAGUCUUGCUGGACACCAGAGAAUCCAUACUGGGGAAAAACCUUAUGAAUGCAGGCAAUGUGGAAAGACAUUCAGACUGAGCUCCAGUCUUGCUGUACAUCAGAGAAUCCACAGUGGGGAGAAACCUUAUGAAUGCAAGCAAUGUGGAAAGACAUUCAAUCAGAUUUCCCACCUUAUAGUACAUCAUGGAAACCACACUGGGGAGAAACCGUAUGCAUGCAAGCAAUGUGGAAAGACAUUCAGACUGAGCUUCAGUCUUGUUGUGCAUCAGAGAAUUCACACUGGAGAAAAACCUUAUGAAUGUAAGCAUUGUGGAAAGACAUUCAAUCAGAGCUCCCAUCUUGCAAGGCAUCAGAGAAUCCACACUGGGGAGAAAACUUAUGAAUGCAAGAAAUAUGGGAAGACAUCCACACACAGCUACGCUCUUGCCCUACAUCAGAGAAUCUAUAGUGGGGAGAAACCUCAGGAAUGCAAGCAAUGUGGAAAGAAAUUCAGAUACAGCUACUCUCUUGCUGUACAUCAGAGAAUCCACACUGGGGAGAAACCUUAUGAAUGCAAACAAUGUGGAAAGAUGUUCAGUGGGAUCCUUAGUCUUGCUGUACAUCAGAGAAUCCACAGUGGGGAGAAGCAUGAAUGCAAGCAAUGUGGAAGGACAUUCAAUCGGAGCUGUAGUCUUGGUAUACAUCAGAAAAUCCACACUGGGGAGAAACCUUAUGAAUGCAAACAAUGUGGAAAAACAUUCAGACUAAGCUCACGUCUUGCAGUACAUCAGAGAAUCCACACUGGGGAGAAACCUUAUGAGUGCAAGCAAUGUGGAAAGCCAUUCAGAAACAGUUCCAGUCUUGGUCGACACCAGAAAAUCCACACUGGGGAGAAACCUUAUGAAUGCAAGCAAUGUGGAAAGACAUUCAGUCGAAGCUACAAUCUUGCUCAACAUCAGAGAAUCCACACUGGGGAGAAACCUUAUGAAUGCAAACAAUGUGGGAAGACAUUUAGAGUGAGCUCCAGUCUUUCUCAACAUCUUAAUAUCCAUACUGGGGAGAAACCAUUUGAAUGCAAACAAUGUGGAAAGGCAUUCAGUCAGCGCUCCCACCUUCAUAAUCAUCAGAGCAUUCACACUGGGAAAAAACCUUAUGAAUGCAAGCAAUGUGGAAAGAAAUUCAGUCAGCGCUCCCAAGUUCAUAAUCAUCAGAGUAUCCACACUGGGAAAAAACCUCAUGAAUGCAAGGAAUGUGGAAAGACAUUCAGAGUAAGCUCCACUCUUGCAGAACAUCAGAGAAUCCACUCUGGGGAGAAACCUUAUGAAUGCAAGCAAUGUGGAAAGACAUUCAGAAACAGUUCCAGUCUUGGUCGACAUCAGAGAAUCCACACUGGGGAGAAACCUUAUGAAUGCAAGCAAUGUGGAAAGACAUUCAGUCGGAGUUGUAAUCUUGGUAUACAUCAGAGAAUCCACACUGGCGAGAAACCUUAUGAAUGCAAGCAAUGUGGAAAGGCAUUUCGAGGGAGCUCCAGUUUUGCUAUACACCAGCGAAUACACACAGGGGGUGAAAUACAUGAAUGCAAGCAAUGUGGAAAGACAUUCAGUCGGAGUUGUAGUCUUGUUAUACAUCAGAGAAUCCACAGUGGGGAGAAACCUUAUGAAUGCAAGCAAUGUGGAAAGGCAUUCAGUCAGAGCUCCAGUCUUGCUAAACAUCAGAGAGUACAUAGUGGGGAGAAACCUUAUGAAUGCAAGGAAUGUGGAAAGACAUUCCGAAGCCGUCCCAGUCUUGCUUAUCAUCAGAGAAUCCACACUGGGGAGAAACCAUUUGAAUGCAAGCAAUGUGGAAAGGCAUUCCGUGGGAGCUCUUAUCUUGCUAUCCAUCAGAGAACACACACUGAGGAGAAACCUUAUGAAUGCAAGCAACGUGGAAAGGAAUUUCGUGGUAUCCUUAGUCUUGCUGUACAUCAGAGAAUCCACACUGGGGAGAAACCUUAUGCAUGCAAGCAAUGUGGAAAGACAUUCAGUCGGAGCUGUAGUCUUGGUAUACAUCAGAAAAUCCACACUGGGGAGAAACCUUAUGAAAGCAAAUGUUAAAGGGAUUUUGUUAAUCUCCACCUCUCUGUAAAAAUCUAGAGAGAAAGAUUUCUCAAUAGAUCAGAAGUGACAGGUAUUAGUGAGCCACAAUUUAAGGUAUCAUUACUAGGAGACAAGGGCAAAGGAGGGGUUGUAGACUGCUCUUUGACAUGAAGGGAGGGGGGAAUGUUGGUCUGUGGGGACAGAAAGGAAGCACCGAUGGACAAUUGAGCUUCUUUUGCUUUUGGGAUUCUCAGAAAAAGAUAUAUCUCUGAGGCAAGAGUCUACUGGCAGUUGGCUGCUGAGAGUUGAAUUGCUAUAGAAAACAGCUUAGAGUAGUGAGUGAGUGGUGGCUGGUUAUUGUUUUAAGGAGUUAGGUAGAUAGUGAAUAAUUUAUAGACAGUGUAGAAUAUGUUGGGCUUGGUGUGCCAAGCAGAAGAAUCUGUCUUGAGUGAAGAUAGGUUUGAGGAAUCUUUAGGUAUUUAAGGAAUUUUAGGUAUGAUUAACAACCUCUUUCUUUUUUUUUCUAUCUUUGUAUGUAUACUUAUUUCCUAAAUUAAAGUUUUGUUAAACUGCU